AAAGCAAUUCGACAGCUAUUGUCAGAUGUCACUGAGUUUCACUUCUCUGUAACAAGGUAAAGGAAGUAAAAGCUGCUUAAAAGUAGACAGGCGAACACAAAGGGUGUUUCAAGGAAGAGAAGGCAUCUGGAGCUCCCUUUCAACCGAAUUAUUCAGCCUUCCCUGCAGAUGCUGAGAUUGGCUCAGUAGUUCUUUGAUUGUCCUGAGCUGCCGUUUUACUUUCACACCUGACCAUUCAGCAGCACAGCAGCCGUCGGGGGACCAACAAAAUGCUUUCCUUUUUGAUAGCAAUGCUCAUGACUCUGUCUUGCACUUGUGGAGAGAACCCUGCAAUAAAAGCCACGCUGAGCAACAAAGGGCUACAGUAUGGGAAGCAUGUAGUGGCCGGACUUAUUCAGGAGAUGUUGAAGCAUGUCACUUUUCCUGACAUAAGCGGUGCGAUUGACAUUCAUGUGGGAAAAAUACACUACACGUUCACAGGUGUCACGAUAACUAAGUGUGACUUUCCAGAGCCUUCUGUGAUGUUCUCACAGGAACACAACGGAUUGACGGCAUCCAUCUCAGGCUUCAACGCGGCUCUAACUGGAAGGUGGAAGACAAGCUUUGGCAUAUUACAUGACAGCGGGUCAUUCUCUAUGGUUAUAUUUAACUUGGGGGUGACCUCAGAGGUGGCGCUGGGCAUGGAUGCUAACGGGCAUCCGUCUGUCACCAGCAUCAGCUGCAACGCCAGAAUUGGAGAUGCAAAUGUUCGUUUCCGUGGGGGAGCCAGCUGGGUAUUCAAUAAAUUUGUGGGCUAUUUCAAACGGCAAAUGAUUGAGGAAAUGGAAAGACAAGUCUGUCCUGUUGUUCAUGAAUCCAUUGACAGUUUGGAGUACCAUCUACAGACCAUGAACGGUAUUGCAGCACACCACAGCCUCACACACAUUUCCUAUGAUGUGGAUCAAGUUCUUACUCUUGAUCUUCCUCUCAAUGACUCGCCCAUCGUCAGUGCUUCAAGUCUGAAGUUUGGUCUCAAGGGGGAGUUCUACAGUACUAAAACCCAUAAAGAGCCACCUUUUGUAGCCAAACCCUUCAACCUUACUGAGCAGCCGGGGUACAUGGUGUCACUGGGGCUGUCUGAGUUCACCCUGAACUCGGCCUCAUAUGGAUACUUCUCAGCGGGAGCGUUGGAGGCCCUCAUCACUGACAGCAUGAUACCUCCCUUUUCUCCUGUCCACCUGAAUACCAGUUCAAUGGGACUGUUCAUUCCUGAGCUUCCAAAACGGUUUCCAGGCCUAGCAAUGAAUCUUCAAGUUUACGCCAGAGAGUCUCCAGUGUUCUCCAUCCAGUCUGGUGCUGUUAAACUGGAUGUUCAAGUCUGCGUGAAAGCCGUUGCCAUCGCGCCGAACGGUACCCAGAUCCCGCUGUUCAAGCUGAAUGCUGAUUCAGAACUCAGUGGUAAAAUGUUGAUUGCUGAUGAAUUACUGAAAGGUUCGGUGAUGCUGGAUAAUCUGACGCUGGCUCUGGUGUCAAGCGAAGUGGGGCCUGUUAAGAUCGCAGCCUUGGAGAGCGCAUUAAAGGGGGCACUGAAGAUUGGGGUCUUACCACAAGUCAAUGCUAAAUUGGAAAAAGGUUUUAUUCUACCCAGAAUGAAACACGCACAGCUGGUUAACUCGGUUUUGACGGUGGAGGAGGGAUUCAUAGCAGUAUCUUCAGAUGCACUGAUACUGCCAGGUGGAAGCCUCAUCUGACAAACGAUGACCAAUGAUCUUCAAAUCACUUCAGCCCCAACCUAUUCAAAACAAAACUUUCUUCAUCUGAAUCUGCCUUUCUACAGACUUACUGUUAAAGAUUCUUAACUUUUUUAAGGAAACGCAUUUACAACUUUCUGUUCAAAUCAACUCACUUACAAAUGCUAAACUAGUCAAGUACUGUCCAAACUUGUCAUUAAAACAUUACUCAAGUCAUCUUUUUUUUUUACUAAAGGUUGUUAUUUUUCCCAUAGAAAACAAACCAGCACAACUAGUCGCUCCCCCUUCUAAAGAUUUUCCACGUAGGCUUCUAAAAGUGAUUCAAACUGGACAUUCGUCCUGUAGUACACGUGCGGUGUUUGAUUAGCACAAAAGAUCAGGAACAGCUUUCAUGAAACAAUGACAUCUCUUUAUUCUGAAACAUUUCCGUGUGCACUUGUUAGAUCCUGUUACAUGUUCACAUUCUUGGAAUGUAACACCAUCACAAAAUAAAUAAGUGCCUAUUUACAGCCACUGCUUUUAAAAUGUUCCCCGUAGAAAAACGUCAAACUUCAUGGGACGAGACCUAAACUGGCUGAUCGGACCAGAGCAGACUUCAGACAGAAUGACAGAUAAUGAGAACAGACGGCUGUGAACAAGCCUUUGUGUGCGGAUACUGGGGGCGAGGAGCACUGGAGGAGACUCGUGCUGGUGCUGAGCUGUGCGACAGGAUCACACCUUUAGCUGGGCCUCACCUCCUCUAAAUGCAAACUUUCAAUUCUGCAAAUGAGAGAGCUUUGGGCAAACAAACCAGAGGGUUACAUCCAGGUCACCCGAAGGUUUUUUUUUUUUAAAUCGAUGUUGACAUGGAGGGCAGAAAUGUAGCACCUGAGAGUCCUCAAUGAGAUAAGAAGGGGAAAUAUGUAAAAGCCAAACUUUUACUUGCCCAACACGAGAUGGUAGGUUAUCAGAAAGUUUAACAGCCUUUGUCAGUGUUCACCAUUACAAACAGGAAAAACUAGUCUGACAAGACAGGAAGAUAAAGCAGUCAAAACAUACAAAGAGGGUUUGUUAUUUUAAAAAAAAAAAAAAAAGA